AUGCGAGGGUUCUUGAUAGGCGAGCGUCAGCGGCUCAAAAGACGAUGUUUUCUCCAACUAUGGAGUCCGCCUCCUCACGGGAAGGACUCCACCAUAACCUUCUGGAGCCAGAAUCGAAGCCUUCAACUUCCCACCCUCGUCCUUCAGCAGAUGCAAUGGCGGGAAGAUGAGGGGUUUCCAAGGGACCCUGCUCCACUGAGAUCUGCUUUGGUGGGAACACCCGCUAUGCUUGCGGGAGCCAUUGAACGGUUGGCGUCGACAACAAGAUGA